UGCAACCUACUUGGACCUUCAACAACUCAACAACCUCCCCUCAUCCGCCACGGUGCCGUGCUUUGAUUCGUUGUCACUCGUCUUGGUUGUGCUGAUCUCUUGGGUGACUGUCUAUGGACUGCACGCGGAUGUGGAGUUUGAUCGGUCAUCGCUGCCGUAUUCACUAUGAUUCACCACGGCAUGUUACCAUAAGGUGUGCAAGGGGCCUUUCGGACGCCAUGAUAUGGCUCGCUUCCAUUGUGCGGAACGCUCUUUUCCUGGGCCUGAAUGGACAUUUCAAUUGGCGGAAACGACCCUGCGCCUUGGCUAUCUCGGCUUGAUCCUUCUGCUUUUCUCUCUCCCCUGUAAAUCGUUUGAGUUGGCGAUCAACACCAUGAUGCUGCAAAACUCGACCACCAGCAUGUGCCAAGGGACGGCAGGUUGAUAUCAAGUUGCCAUCGAUGAAUGGAUGCUUCUCGCCUGACUAUAUAUAUACCGGUCAGAGUCGUGUUCAGGUGUGACAUAGCAAACAGACGGGUGUGGGUUUGGAGACAGAGAGCAAUACGUCAUCGCAGACGAACAAGAUGGCCGUGGUCGAAGAAUUACCUUCAAGCACCUCGGCGACGGACAAUGGCAGAAAAGCAGGCAAUGCCAUCGUACCAAUUCCCAACUGCGGCGCGGCUCAAAAGGAAGACGAGACCCCUCAUGUAUCAGACAGAUGCGAAGAUGGGAGCCUCAAGAGUUACUUUAGAAUCUUCAGGUACACAGACCACAUCGGUUGGUGGACACAUGCAGCAGCCCUGACUUGCAUGAUAGCGUCUGGUGUUCUUCUUCCCUUGAUGGACCUUGUCUUUGGCAAAUUUGUCACAGUCUUCAACAAUUUCAUAGCCGGCAAAGCGACCCCCGCAGAGUUUCGUUCCAGCCUCAAUAACUACACACUAUACUUUGUCUAUCUCUUCAUCGCCAAACUUGUCCUCGUAUACAUCUGGACUACCCUUGCCUCCACCAACGCCAUCAGGAUCACACGGUCUCUUCGGAUCGACUUCCUCAAACAAACAAUACGCCAGGAAGUUGCCUUCUUCGACCUGCCCGAGGCCGGAUCCAUCUCCAGCCAUCUUACGACCAACGCCAACCUCGUCAAUCAGGGGAUAUCGGAGAAGCUGGGCCUCGCCAUCCAAGCUAUUGCAACCUUCUUCGCUGCCUUUGUUGUCGCCUUUGCGGUACAAUGGAAGUUGACCCUCAUCACCAUCUGCAUCGUGCCCGUCAUCGUCAUCGUAACCGGCAUCUGCAUGGGCAUCGACGCGAAACAGGAAAACGAGAUUAUGAUCAUUCACUCCGGAGCAGCAAAGCUAGCCGAGGAGGUGUUUGCGAGUGUCAAAACUGCUCAUGCCUUUUGGGCCUUCCCCAAGCUGUCCGGCAAAUAUGCAGCUAUCCUUGAUGAGGCCAAAGCGGUCGGUGCCCGGAAGAGUCCGAACUACGCCGUCUUGUUCUCCGUGGAAUUCUUUUGCGUGUACGCUGGAUAUGGCCUCGCUUUCUGGCAGGGUAUCAGGAUGUAUAAGGAGGGAGAGGUGUCUGAGCCGGGACAAAUUGUCACUGUUAUCUUUGCUGUGCUGCUGGCAGCCCAGGCACUCACUCAAAUCGCUCCUCAAUCGGUCGUCAUUUCGAAGGCUGCCGCUGCCGCACAUCAGAUGUUUCAGGUCAUCGACCGCAAGUCAAAGAUCGACUCUUUGUCGGAGGAAGGCAUCAAACCAGCUGAAUGUCGAGGUGAUAUCGAACUCCAGGAUGUCGUAUUUGCUUACCCUUCGAGACCGAACAUCAAAGUGUUGCAAAACUUCAGCCUUACGAUUCCAGCAAACAAAACGACGGCAAUCGUUGGAUAUAGCGGAUCAGGCAAAAGUUCCAUAUUAGGCCUACUGGAGCGCUGGGGUUGUCCCGAAAGCGGUACUAUCACACUGGAUGGUCGAAAAAUAGAAGAGUACAAUCUUCAGUGGCUUCGAACCAAGGUCCGACUUGUUCAGCAGGAACCGGUCAUGCUCGAAGGCACCGUCUUUCAGAAUGUUGUGAAUGGGUUAGCCGGAACAUCCAUGGCUGAUCUGAGCGACGAAGAGAAGCAGCGGCUCGUUGAAGAUGCGUGCCGCGCGGCGUAUGCUCACGAAUUCAUAGAGAAACUACCAGAGGGCUAUCAAACGCAAAUCGGCCAGAGAGGCUCCAUGUUGUCAGGGGGCCAAAAGCAAAGGCUCGCCAUCGCCAGGAGCGUCAUUGCGAACCCACAAAUCCUCUUACUCGAUGAAGCUACAAGUGCCCUCGACCCUAACGCUGAGCAGAUUGUUCAGAAAGCACUCAACAACGUUGCUGUCGGGAGAACCAUGAUCGUCAUUGCCCAUAGACUCUCCACCAUUCGAAAUGCGGACAACAUUGUUGUCAUGUCCAACGGUCGUCUUAUCGAGCAGGGUACCCAUGACCAACUCGUUGCCCUGGGGGGCACCUAUUCACACCUUGUUCGAAUACAACGUCUCGGACAAGAACCUGACGAUGAUGACGAACCCCAAAAGGACACCAGAGCUGAAAUUGGAGGAGCUGCGAUAGCUAACACCACGUCGAACGUAGUUGAGACUGUUCCUGACGCGAGUGCCAUGGAAGAAGGGGCUGCAAAGAAAGACGACAUCAACCUCUUGAGAUGCUUGUUCAUCCUCAUGCAAGAACAAAGAGUACUCUGGCCUGCCUUUUGCUGGGUGGGUAUUUGCUGUCUCGCGGGAGGGGCUACAUAUCCCGCUCUUGCCAUCAUCUUCUCCCGAAUAAUGGACGCUUUCGCCCUUGAGGGUGACAAAAUGGUUGAACGAGGCAACUUCUUUUCUCUCAUGUUCUUUAUCGUAGCCCUUGGCAACUUGGUUGCCUACGCGGUGCUCGGUUGGUUCUGCAACGUUAUCGCCCAGCAAAUGGUCCGCUUCUAUCGGUACACAAUCUUCGACUGCGUCGUCCGGCAGGACAUGACCUUCUUCGACAUGCCAGGUAACUCUCCAGGCGCUUUGGUGUCUCAUUUAUCCAAGGAACCGGAAAGUCUGCAUGAGCUUCUCUCCAUGAACAUGGGCGUCAUCGCAAUCGUGGUGGUCAACUUGCUCUCAAGCUGCAUUCUUGCCGUUGUGAUUGGGUGGAAACUUGGGCUCACCCUCGUCUUUGGCGCUUUACCACCCCUUGUCUUUUCAGGAUAUCUGAGAAUUCGCUUGGAGAUCAAGCUCGAUGAUGAUACUGCGGACAGGUUUGCGGAUAGCACUGGCAUUGCUUCUGAGGCUAUCAUGGCCAUUCGAACUAUCUCGUCACUGGCUAUGGAACGGCAGAUUCUUGACAGAUAUGAGAAUAAUCUGCGCUCUAUUGCGGCAACGUCGGUCAAGAGUCUCACCUGGACGAUGGUUUGGUACGCUCUGAGCCAAUCGAUCUCCUUCCUGUCGAUGGCAUUGGGUUUUUGGUAAAUAUUUUCAUUUUUACUUGGCAUGACAGGUUCAAGCCAGCUCACAUCGUGGUUAGGUACGGCGGCCGAUUGGUUUCAUUUGGAGAGUACACCGUUACUCAAUUCUACACAGUGUUCAUCGCCGUCAUUUUUUCCGGCGAAGCAGCGGCCACAUUCUUUACUUACACAACAAGCAUUACCAAGGCGCAGCACGCCGCAAACUUCAUCUUCCGGCUCAGGGACUCGGUUCGUUCCGAAAACAAGGACGAUAACCCACCAGAUGCCGAAAAACGUAGCAACGGCGCCGUUUCCAUAGACUGCCAAGCUCUAGAAUUCUCAUACCCUCUCCGUCCCAGCGCUCGAGUCCUCAAAGGAGUCUCCAUCAACAUCCCACCGGGUCAGUUUGUCGCCUUGGUAGGGGCGUCCGGCUCGGGCAAAAGCAGCUUAAUCUCUGUCUUUGAGCGAUUCUAUGAUCCUUCCAGCGGCACCGUUUUCUUCGACGGCGAAGACUACCAAAAAAUCCACCUCGGCCGCUACCGCGCCAACAUUGCGCUAGUCCAGCAAGAGCCCGUUCUUUACCAGGGAUCAAUAAGAGAAAACAUUGCCAUGGGCGUUCUUGACGCGACUGUGUCGGACGAGCAAAUCCUCGAGGCCUGUCGCCAGGCCAACAUCGACUCCUUCAUUGCCUCGUUGCCCGAAGGCCUAGCUACCCCCUGCGGAUCUCAGGGCCUGCAGUUCUCUGGCGGGCAGAGGCAAAGAAUCGCUAUUGCGCGCGCGCUGGUUAGGAAGCCGAGAUUGCUGUUGCUGGACGAAGCGACCAGUGCGUUGGAUACGGAGUCGGAGCGGGUGGUGCAGGCUGCUUUGGAUGCUGCUGCAAAGGGCGAAGGUGGAGCAGAUGGAGAUGGAAUUGAGGGAAAUGCAAAGGGGAGAAAGCGGACAACGGUGGCUGUGGCUCAUCGGCUGUCAACUAUAAAGGGCGCGGAUAAGAUCUUUGUGUUUUCGUACGGAAGGAUUGCGGAGGCGGGGACGCAUGAGGAGUUGUUGGGGAUGAGGGGGAUGUAUUAUGAGAUGUGUUUGGGACAGUCUUUGGAUAGAUGAAGAUGCCGUAUGCUUGUCAUGCAUGUUAUACAUGUCUCUACAUAUAUAACGAGCGACUUAAGAUAGAUUUUAGUUUCGAGUUCCGUCAAAUUUCUUUUUCUUCGCCCG